ACAUCGCUCGACACACGGCCUCAUGCUAGAAAAGUGACAGUUCUCCUCUUUGCAUUUUCGAUUCGGUCACAAAGUCCGCACAGAAUCGUCAAAACCCCGAGAGAGAUGGCCAACGUGAACGUAGCUCAGGUGGUGCUGCGCAAUGCCCUCCGCACCAAGCUCGGAGCGGUCCGGUACGCCAGCUCGGACAUGAUGCUGCAGAAGAUUGGCAAGCGCGAGGUCGUUGGCCACGGCUGGAACGGCAUGCCGGUGUACGCCGACCGCGUCGACUUCCCCUUCCCGGCCAUCCGCUUCAAGGAGCCGACGCCCGAUGUGCUGGCCCUCCGCGAGAAGGAGAAGGGCUGCUGGAAGAAGCUGUCCGUCCAGGAGAAGAAGGCCCUGUACCGCGCCUCGUACUGCCAGACCUUCUCGGAGAUGAAGUACCCGAGCGGCGAGUGGAAGAUGUGCCUCGGCUUCGGGCUGAUCGCCAUCUCGAUGAGCAUCACCUGCAUGCUGCUGAUGAAGGCGUUCGUGUACGAGAAGAUUCCGGAAACGUUCGACGACGAGCACCAGAAGGCCCAGCUGAAGCGUAUGCUGGACCUGGGCGUCGGUCCCGUCAACGGACUCUCGUCCAAGUGGGACUACGACAACAACAAGUGGAAGUAAGCUGCUGCUUGGUGUGUGAAGCUGAGCGAGUGGGCACUUUAACUAGUUAAUUACUGUGUAUUAUCAUGUCUGCAAACGGGGCGCCGGGGUUUCCGACUGGUUUUCCCGGAAUUGGGUUUGAAAUUUAUCGAAGGGUUCGAGAAAUGCAAAGAAAAAUAAAACACCUGGAAGACUAGAAAGA